AUGUUCCACUCGUUAUUGGUGCUGUCGGCACUUAGCCCUUUUGUGGCAGCUUUCGUUUAUCCUGACGUUGUGCCACUGGAGAAGAGGCAAGCUCCUGGUACGCCACAGUAUGAGUGCCACGCAGAUUGCGGUGGAGUCAUUACCAUCGCCCGUACCCCAGAGUACUGCGAGUCUUCCAAUUUCACGUCCUCCCUCGAAGCGUGCCUGGAGUGCGCCGAAGAGUACGAUAUCUGGCGGUACUAUGGCGAGAGCGUCUCCGCCGCGGCCGAGUCAUGUGGGCUUGAAGCCACACCAGUGGCAGCGAACGGCACAGCGAGUGACACAGACACCACCACAAUGACCGAGAGCGGCACGGCCACAACAUCCGCGACAAGCACCAUCACCGAAGAUGCGUCAAGCUCGGCCACCGAAGAGGCGACAAGUUCUGCCGCUGCAGAAGGCACCGACUCAGCCAGUGAGCAGUCUGCAUCAGCCACCUCCGAAGAAACGGCCGCGGCGACGUCGUCAGAGGGCGGAGGCGCAAUCGUGAAGCCCGCCAUGGUAAUCAUUGGUCUAGGCCUGGGAGCCGCUUUGCUCUGA